AUGGAAGCCGUCGUAUCAGCGGCGACAGUUGAGUGCCCCCACGUGGCCCACUCGAUCCAAGUGCACAAGCUACCGCCGUACAACACGACCAAAGUGUUCCAGGUGCUGGUGCUGGUGCCGGUGCUGGGUUCGCCGUGCAUGCGGAUCAUCGCUGAAGGGGAGGACGGUGCCGUGUUCAUCCUGAUCAUCGGCGUGCUCAGUUCGACUUCGACCACCAUCGUGUCUACCGUGUGCGUUAGGGCGGCCUCGUGCGUGUGGCCUCUGUACACGGCAAAGAUGUGGGAGAAUGGGCCUGCGUCGUGCUCGUUGGUGCACGCGAGGAGCAGGGCGGACAUUGUGAAUGUGUCAUUGGAGGCGUCGAGCUGCGCCUUGCUGUGA